AUGGACAAGCAGGAUGAAGCCCGCGACGCUGACAACUUGCGUGGCAUGGAGAGCGUAGCAACCGCCCACCGGACGUCGGCGAUUGGUGCGCCGCCUUCCUCGCUGGUCACGGCAUCCUACGCCGUCGCCUCUCCCGCUGUGUCCUUGGGUGGCCCCUCAACCUCCUUGGGCACGGAUGCAGCUGCACCGCCUGCAAGUGCCCACGUCGCCAGCCCGCGUCCUCUUCGCACCUCGGCGGGCAGUGAUGUACUCGCAAACACUGGCGGGGCGCUGCUCAUGCCGUCCGCGGUCGGCCGCCACAGCGAAUUUCUGCGGACGUACAAGGUGCUCAUCGUCGGCGAGGCAGGCGUGGGCAAGUCGAGUCUCAUGCACCGGUACUGCUACAACGAGUACGACCCGGUGCUGCCCCCCACGAUCGGGGUGGAGUUCUGCUCUCGGGAGGUCGUCAUUCCAUCUGGGCUGGUCGGCGUCACCGAGACAGUUGUACUGCAGCUCUGGGAUACUGCCGGCCAGGAGCGCAACGCCGGCGUCAUCAGCAACGCCUUCUACCGCAACGCGGUCGGGGCCAUCAUCGUCUACGAUGUGACACGGCACGAGUCACUGCUGAGCGUGCCGCGUUGGGCAGCGCAGGUGACACAGCUGGCGCGCGACGACUGCGUGUGCGUCGUCAUUGGUGCUAAGCUGGACUUUCUUGACGGGAACGCAGCCGCAACAUCAGCGACUGCGGGCUCGCUCGAGGCGCUGCAGGAGGAAGCGGAUCGCAUCUCACACGCAAUGGGCAUGCGAAACUUUAUGACGUCGGCGCUAUCGGGAAAAGGAGUGCUGGAGGCCUUCACGCACCUCAUACUCGCUGUAGAUGCUGUACAUGCAGCAUCUCUGCAUAACAACGUCACUUUCUCCGGCAGUUAUCAGAGAAGGUGCAGCAGCCACGUCAGCGGUGCCUCAGUGCGAGAGGCGCAGAUGCAGACGGCAGCAGCCGGUGUCCCUGCCUCUUCGGUGAAUGGCACAGAUAGCGCCGAGGGACCCCGCGGCUACCCCGACGGAGAGGGUGCGUCAUCGUCACUGUCGCACGUGGUGUCGACGCGGGUGAUGAGCGGAUAUACCGGUGCCUCUCCUUCGGCCGGCUGGGUGCAGCGGCCGCCGUCUUCACAUGCCAAGAAGACGCUGGACCUACGAGGCUUCGGCAGCUCUGAAGCGAGUCCCGGUGCACACGAAGCCUCGCCUACAUGUAGUGGAGGGUGGGGGUGCUGA